CAAAAGCAACCGAUCGUUGGUGUACUCAAUCGAAUCACUAGUCAUCUCGUGGUCGCAUCAAGUUCACAAAGCCCUGCUCAAAGAUUCUGCACAGCCGCUCCUGGAUGGUUUGAAUCCGACACCAUCUGCCGAGAUAGACUUUUGGGAAGCCCAAGUAGCAAAUUUGGAGAAUAUUUUUGACCAGUUGAAUGCACCCAAAGCUCGCCAAUUGGCCCAAAUACUCGAGGGUGCAGAUAGCAACUAUUUUACGCCGUUUAAAGAAAUGUUCAAAUCGGUUGUGGUCGCCUUACGUGAGGCACAAGACAUUCACGUGCACCUGACUUCGCUUCGGCCAUACAUACAGGAACUGGAGCAAGCCGAAUUUGACCAAAUUCCACGUCAAAUUCAACCAAUCUUCCACCUACUGUGCCUAAUAUGGGCCAACUCGAAAUCGAUGAGGAAACCUGGCCGGAUUGUCAUAAUACUUCAAGAACUGUGCAAUCUCAUCAUCGAUCAGUGUCGCACUUACCUGGAUCCAGUGGAAAUACUAAAGGCAGACGCCGAAGAAGCCAUUGCGAAGGUGGAGGAGACCCUGCGAACACUGCAAAUUUUCAAACACACGUAUGAUGAAUACAGAUCAAAGUUGGCGGACUACUUCCGGAACGUAAAGGAUGAACGUGGGAAGGCCGUCCAGCCAGUGUUGUGGGAGUUUAAAACCGAGUUGGCAUUCGGACGGUUUGACGCAUUCACGGAACGAGUCAAAGAAAUUCAGCACUUGAUGGCCACGUACCUAGAGUAUAUGAAGCUCGAGAAAGUAGUUUUUGGUGGAACAUCUGGUCAAUCACUGAACGCCCAAUUACAGGAAAUUUCCGAAAAGUUUUUUCAAGCUUACAAGGUUUUCGGAGAUCGCACCUAUGACACUAUGGAUUCACACAAUGAAGAAUUCACCACAGACUGCAACACCUUCAAAGAUACAGUAAAGGAUUUGGACUAUCGUCUUGCUAAUGUGAUGGGUAAAGCCAUGGAUGACUGCACCUCUGCAGAGCAGUUCUUGAAGCUCAUUGCAAUCCUGGCGAGCUUCCUUGAAAGACCGAUAAUACGGGAUGCCUGCGAGCCAAAGUACCGUCUGCUACUUCAAAUGAUCGAUGAUGAAAUAGAAAUAGCCAAGACCAUCUAUGACCAUCACACUAUGCUUCCCGAGAAACAGGACCCUGCGUCAAUCCCUGGACAGACUUCGAAAUCUGAGCCCUCCAACCAUGACCAUCGCAGUUGGCUCCAUCUUGGUGGUUGGGGCAAGGAUAAACGAAUACGAACAGUAGCAUCGCACGGAAGCGUCCACAAAAAUAUGCCGAGAGUUGCCGGGAAUAUACAAUGGGCCAGUGAAUUAACGAGACGCAUAAGCAUCCCAGUGGAAAUGAUCGGUCAACUGGAUUUACCAUUAUUCCAAAUGAAGAACGGUGAAAUUGUGUGGAAAAAGUACCAGCAGAUGUUGAAACUUUUGCAAGACUACCAAUCGCAUCUAUUUGAAGAAUGGACCAGUGGAGUGGAUGCGACUUGCACUGUCAACUUGUCACAUCCUCUACUGGUGCGUGCACCACAGUCUAAUAUGCUCCGGAUCAACUUCGAUCCUGAGCUCGUUGCUGUGCUCCGUGAGGCAAAAUACUUCCGAAUACUUGGGGAGGAAAAUUUACCGAACGCGGCAGUUGAGCUCUUUGCACAGAACGAAAUGUUGCGCAACUUCAUUGUCAGUUUGGACAUGAGUUGCGAGUGGUACAACUAUUUGUACAUCAACGUCACACCGACAGAAACAGAAUUGAUCCGUGAGGAGCUGGUCGAUUUGGACGAGUACGUAAAGAAGGCAGAGACAAUAAUCUGUUGGAACAGUGAGGGUGCAUGGACUCACAUUCAGCUCGUACAUGACAGAGUGCAGGAUCUACAGCGUCGCGUGGUGCAGGCGCAGGACAACUUGCAACAGCAACGCAACAUCAUGUCGACUUGGUCCAAGCUCCCACUCUUCGAAAGGAAAGAUAGCCGUCGAGACACACUACUCAGCUUAGACGAUCGGGAAGAUCGACGACACAAACGAUACGUUGAAAUCAAAGAAGCGGGCGAGCGCAUUUCCAGUAUACUUGAGGACACCCGCAUACUACUGAAGGCUGAGGAGGGUUCCAGCGGUUGGGAUCGAUAUGUCCUGAUCGUGGACGGCAUUGUGGAAGACGGACUGUGCUCGACCAUUGAAUGCAGUCUAAAUUAUUUGCUGUCAGAAACUGAGGAUCAACCAUCUACGGCAGUGCUGUUCGAGGUAUACAUGGAGCUACAAACCCCCGAUGUUGUGUUCUGCCCAUCGCUGGAUACCACUUCCACAACGGGACUUUACAAACUGAUCGAAGGUAUGGUGGACGAUAUAUACAAACAGGCCCAGUGUAUUCCACGUUUUGCCAGCCCUCUCGGUGGGGAUGAUUACCAAGGAAAAGUGAGCGCAAAUGAAAAUUUAGGCAAAUUGCAACAGAAACUAUUUGAUCGUAUCCAUCAAGCAAUAAAGGAGGCGGUUGCCUACCAAGCUGGCUUCGAUGUAUAUUCCUACUUGUGGAUGGAAGAUCGUAACGAAUGUAUGCAACAAUUUCUCACCUAUGGCCAACUGCUCAGUCCAGAAGAUUUAGACCUUUUGGCUUCCGCUGCCACCCACCCCAAGGGCUCUGGUGAGAGUGGUGAAGAUCCCACUCUGACUGGCCUGACUCCAAAGCCACCCACCCUGGAGCAAUUCAAAGAACAGAUCGACCAUUAUGAGAAGAUUUACAGUGAGGUCGAUGAAUUAGCCACCACAGUUAAAUUCGGCGCUUGGUUGCGUGUGGAUUCGCGAAAAUUCAAACGUGCAUUGCUCAAUGUCAUCAAACGAUGGAGCAUGAUGUUCAAGCAGCAUCUGAUCGAUCAUGUGAUAACCAGUUUGCAGAAUCUUGAUGAAUUUAUCCGAGUGACAAAUAAAAACCUGGGCGUUCCACUGAAGGAGGGCGAUUAUGACAGUCUGGUACACGUGAUGGAGCACCUAAGCAAUGUGAGGGAACGCCAAACGGCAACCGAUGAGCUUUUCGAACCUCUAAAGCAAACGAUUGAAUUGUUGAAGACAUACAAACAAGAACUACCCGACGAAGUACAUAAGCUUCUUGAGGUAAGCCCCAACUUGUCUGUCACCAUUGACGCGAUGGUUGAAAUGCUAGAUAAAGAUGAGCCAUUGGUCAACUGA